CAACCGCCGGUAUGGAGCAAGACCGUUCUUGGCGGGAAGGGCUCAUCCCUUUCUGUGUUGAGAUUCACGGCUUGCCAAGCAAUACCUUAACGCAAGAAUUGAAGGACUAUUUCAAAAGUGCAAGUGAUUUCGAGGUUCAACAUGACGAGUCUGACUGGAAAAUUUUAGUGUUGUUUCCUCAACAAAAAGAUGCGAAUGAUUUGGUGGCGCUUGGCAAGGUCGAGAUUGUACUUGAUAAUGAAGAUCCUGAAGCAUGUAUUCUUGAUGUUUACGGUUGCACGCAACCAUGCGAUAUCCCACUUUUAUGGAAGAAAUACUCAUUGGAAGAUAUCCCAUCAAGUGAUUUAACGGACCAAACAGGCGUUGAGAUGAAAAUGAAUGACCCCGCUCCUCAUGGAAUACGGAAUAUUGACAAUGAGCAAAGGAGAGCACUAACGCCGUUAACAGGUAACAUGCAAUACGAUUACAAAAUUGUCACCAGACCUGGAAAUCAAGAAGGCUCUCCUGAUAAAUACCAAUACCAGUCAUUUUCAUAUCCUAUGCAAGGUAAUCGGCCAGAUGGACAAUGGUCCUUGUAUGAGACACAGGGAAUGACACCACAAGUACCAUAUUUAGGUCCUCCGGGAAUGCCACACCCAUAUGGAGGACCGGUGCCCGACCAUCAUUGGCCAUAUAGAGGACCUGAUCCAAACGUUCCGCCGUCAUAUGGAGAACCACGUGCCACACUUCCGUUGCUACAUGGAGGGCCUGGUUCCAAACAUCCGCCGCGUUACGAAGGACCUGGUCCAAUGGACCCGCGGCCAUAUGAAGGACAGGAUUCCAUAGGUUCACCUAGGUACGGUUAUCCAGGAUAUCACGUACACCAACAACAAUUGGACCGGCAACACAUUUCACCAAAACAGUUGUCCGCGCAACACGGAUCAUCAGAACAGUUUUCAGAGCAACACCUGUCAACAGAAAGGUUGUCAGAACAACACGUGUCACAAAUGUCGUCUCAUCAGCUGAUAUAUUCAAGGAAAAAUGACCGACCUUUAGAAGAACCUGGUGUGGGUAAAUCAAACACCAAGUCAUUUAGCCAUGAUCACAAACAAGUAGAAGAUGAUAUGGGAGAGGACAAAGAAGAUGAUAUUUCAUAUGUUAAUUCAAUUUUAGUUUCUAAAAUACCAAAACAUGUGAAAGCAGUGGAUCUGAAGAAGUUUUUUGAGAGUAAAAAGUCAAGUGGGGGACCGGUGGAAAAAGUUGAUAUCAAUCACGAAAAACAAACGGCGAUCGUAACGUUUCAGAAAGCAGACGUGGUUCCACGUAUUCUAGCUCGUUGUCCAAUGCUUUAUAAAAAGGCAAUUAUCGAAAUUAAAGAAUUCCGUGUUGAAAGUGAAAGUGAAUCGGAAGUGGAAACAUCAGAUAGUGACUUAGAGGCUCCAGAGGAUUUAUCCACUAUAGAAGUUCACGGGAUGUCACAGAAUACAACUCGUGAUACGAUCCAUUACUAUUUUGAGAACAAAAGGAAAUCAGGUGGCGGAAACAUCAAGGAGUUAGAUUUCGAUGCUGAAAAAGUCAUUGCAACCAUCACAUUUGAGGACGCAUCAGUAACUGACAAAGUCAUCAGAAAAAAACAUGUCCUGGAUGGCAGGACACUGGAUGUAAAAUUGUUUGUCCCGCCCCCGCCUGUACAGAUGUGUGAGGAUAAAGUCCUACUUCGGGAUGUUAAUCCCGACACCAGCAGAGAUGCACUGGACAAUUUUCUAGAACUGAAAGCUUCCGCCCUUCCAAAAUCUCUGAUUUAUGGCGAAGAGGAAGGAACAAUUCUUGUAAUGUUUGACAAAAAAAUUGACUUUGGUACGUUUGCAAGUGCAUGUCAGAAACGUCAACUGGAGGGAAGCUUUCUAAAAACGGAGAGAGUUCCAGUCACGAACUGUGUGUAUGUGGGUAACUUGAGUCCCAACACAACAUCAGACGGAUUGGAAAUGUUCUUUGAGAACACAAAAAGAAGCGGGGGAGGUGAUAUACAAAAAGUAGAAAUGUCAGACAAUGACAACUCCUGUCUUAUCUAUUUUGAAGAUUUCAAAGUGGUAGACAGCGUAUGCGAUCAACGAAAGUUGGUUUUGGACACUUUUACUUUGUCUGUACAUCCCCAUUAUGCAUGUCUCGGUCAAGUGAGUGACGGAGACGGACAAACGCAGGUCUUUAAAGCACCUCCGCCAAUAGAAGUACAUAACACUGACAAAAUCAAGAUGUACGCAUUUCUGUACCAGCAUGAAAAAAGAGAAGUUGAUCAAACACUUGAAGCCAUUAAUGCCCGGAUUGAUUGGCCCAAACGUAAGGAUGACGUCCAGUUUUCAGUUUCACCAACGCUGUCUAAAACUACAAAGAAUGUUAGAAAAUUGGCAAAGACGUGGAAUGACGAUGUGCUCCAAGCAAUGUUCAAGAUCGAGAAAGGCCUCAAGAUUGAAACAAUACAAAUAUUGAAGGAAAUUUGGAAUGAUGACCUCAAGGCAAAAAUAAGGGGUGACUCUUCCUCAGUCUCUUCUUCAGUACAAGUUUCCUGGGAUGCUCAGUCGUGUGAAGUAACAUUGAUUGGUAAACAUGCACAAGUUGAUCAGAACGCAAGAUUGAUCGAAGAAUCAAGACGUAAGGCGGAAAACGACCUUGAACGGAAAAAGAAAAGAAUAAGAGAGGAAAUGUACAUCGGUAUUCCGCAGCUGGUGCUACUACGUGACCUGGAUACAUUGAGUACAAUGAGCCAAGAUAUACCUGACCUGGCAGUAACAGUAGACACAGACAGAGGGAAUAUCUUGUUUGAAGGUCAACUCACUGAUAUCAAGUCAGCAAAAGUGAAUAUAUAUGAGUUCACGAGCAAGAUAUCUAAUACAAAGAUGGAAAAACAGUUUUCAAAGGCAGCGUUGCGAUUUCUUAAGACUGAUGCCGUUCAUCAAUACCUGGAAUCCAAGAUGAAGGAAGCUGGCAUUAGAUGUUCAUGGGAGGUCUUUCCAAGUGACAGUUAUAUCGUUUUGUACAGUCUUACUCAACCCGAUAUAGUCAAGGCGGCAGAUCUAAUCAAGGCACGCGUUAUGGAGAAGUCGCAUCAAAUCGACAGACUUUCGAUUACAUUACUCUCGAAGGAUCCGUGGAAGAAGCUCUGCGAUGAUUUCACAAAGACGCUUCCGGGAAUGGUUCAGAUUGAAGUUGAUAUGACAAAAUGUCUAGUUCAGAUACUAACAAUAGCUGAACAUUGCGGGAAAAUUUUAGAAACAAUCGAUGAUUUCCUUGCCAAAAAUACAACCAUAGAGGAGUCUUUGAAACUUGAUCCUGGAGUUUCCAAGUACUUAAAGCAGUACAAACGCGACGAUAUCGAUUUAAUUGAAAAAAGUUCAACCCAUGGAAAUGUAAAGAUCAGUCUAUCAAAUGAGGAAAUGGUCAUUCGUGGUUCAAGAGAUGCUUUGAAUCGUGCAAAACCUUUGGUUGCAGAUCUAGCUUCGAACGUAAAAUGCAGAUGUUUUCCUUUGGAUAAACCGGGUCUCCAAGAGAUAUUACAAUCUGUUGCUGGGGAGGGAUGUCGACGCGAUAUCGAAUCUAGACGGACUUGUAUCAUAGAAGUUUCAACAACUGGGAAGAUAGAAUCAACACGGUCGAGUAAUGCUGGUUCAGUUUUGGAUUCACAACCUGAGCUGAUAGCAACAGGGACCACAAAGAACAAGGCUGUUAUCAAGACGUUCCAAGGCGACAUCACCCUACUGAAAGUGGACGUGAUUGUUAAUGCUGCAAAUAGUAGUAUGGAUCAUGUUGGUGGACUAGCAAAAUUUAUCGUAUCAAAAGGUGGACAGAGUAUUCAGGAUGAGUGUACAGAAUACGUCAAGCGGAAAGGUAAUCUUCUUGACGGAUCUAUAUACUGUAGCAAGCCAGGAAACCUGAAAUGUAAAAUGAUAGCGCAUGCAAACAGUCCCAACUGGCGAGGUGGAAAACAAAGAGAACAAGAAUAUCUUGACGGAGUUGUUUGGAAGAGCCUAAUAGAAUGUGGUCGCGACGGCUAUACAUCCAUAGCGAUACCAGCGUUGGGUACAGGAGUAUUCCAAUAUCCUGAGGACAAAGCUACACAUGUCAUCAUAAAAACAAUCCUUGAAUUUCUGGAAGAGGAGACACAUACCUCUGUGAAUGAAAUUUACCUGUGUGACAUUAAUCCUACAGCGAUCUCCUGCUUCGCCGAGGAACUAACACGCCAGCUAGGAGAAGCAUGUGUGGUAAAUCACAACAAACCUGUUAAAGAUCAAUGGAAACGCAUCGUCCAGAAAGAAAACAUUGCUGUUUCCCGUAAGAGAAGAAAUUUGAAUGUACAGAUUGUCAAAGGACAGAUCGCUAAAGCGACGACUGACGUGAUCGUAAACACAACGUCAUGUGAUCUAGAGUUAACAAAUGGAGCUGUUUCUAGUUCGAUCCUCAAAGCAGCGGGACAAUCGAUUCAGGACGAAUGUCAUGUUGGCUAUCCGGAUGGUAUUCAGCAUGGCAACGUGGCUACGACAACAGGAGGACAACUAAAAUGCAACCUUAUUUUCCACGGGGCCUUGCAGAGCUUUAAGAAUGACAAGACCUUUCCGCAAUUUCAAGAUUUUAUAAGACGUUGUCUGCAAAUGGCUGACGAUGAACUGAUGACAUCCAUCUCCUUCCCGGCUCUGGGAACUGGCAACCUUGCUUACCCACAUCAUAUAGUUGCUGCAGAAAUGUUUAAAAUUGUCAACGAAUUCAAUCCAACGACCCUGAAUGAGGUUCGCUUCGUCAUUUAUGAGAAAGAUGACAAAUCAUUAAAGGCCUUUAGAGACGAGGAAACCAAAUGGUCAUCUGCUAGCGGUCACUCGGGUGUUCCUACACAAUCAGACUUGGAUAUGAUGUGGAGACAAAAACGCACAUUCAAAACAAAAUACUGGAACUCUUCAACAUUCCAAAGAAAUGGGUAUGCCGAAAACGAAAUCAUCACAAAAGCCCGAGUCAACCUGUGAAGCAGAGGCAACCUUCGGACCUACCAACGUUGCUAUCCGAGUGGGAGACAUCACUGAAGCUGCUUGUGACGCUAUUGUUUGUUCUACAGACAAGCAUUUCAAAAUGACAGGCGCAGUUGCAUACGCCAUUCGACAUAAAACAGGCUUGGAUUUGGACAAAGAAAUCGCGAAAAAGAAGAAAGCAUUAUCACGAAGCGGUAUUGCUUUUAUACCGACCAAAGGGAUGACAAGCAAAUGCAUCAUCGUUGUCAACACCCACGGAGAUUGGGAAAAGUCACUGCGCCUAGCUUUGACAAAAGCUGAUGACGAAGGCCACAAAUCUGUUGCUGUACCACUGAUUUCUACAGACAUAGGAGUGUCAACAGGAGUGGAUUUCGGUGGGACAUUAUGCAAAAUCGUUACUGGAAUCUCGUUUAAGCGGUUAAAAAAAGUUGAAGUGGUUCUUAUCCGGCAAACAGACUUUACAGAUGUUGCAUCAGGAGUACAAAAAUACGUUCAGUCAAACGGUCCUAGAAUCUGUGGAUAUAUAAAGGGGAAA